GCUCUUAGCUUUAGCUCACAACUAAAACAGCUUCCGUUUAUCUGCUUAUAUCACCUACUGAGAAAAUUACUAACGCUCUAAGAUCUUUGUAAUAGUUUUUUUAUAAUAAACAGUCAUUUAUUCAUGCCAACUAGCUUAUUCUGUUGAGCUAAAAAUAUACCUGGCCGUAGCUAAUGUUAGCCACCAGUGACAGCUGACAAUUCCUGUUACACAUACUGGCUGGUUGGUUGGAGAUUUUGCAGUCACUGGUUGAAAUUUUAUGACCAGAAGUGCAAAGCAAACACCAUGACAACACUGCUCAGAUUGAAUUGAAAAUGGCAGAGGCAGUCGCAAAUGUGGCCCGGAGGAUUAAUGCAACAGUAGAGGAAGGCAAAGACAGCCUGGACCUAUCAAACUGCCAGCUCAUUUCCUUCCCAGAUGGUGUGUUCAAGGUCCUCAGGACUGUCUCAGAAAACAUCAGCAUUGUCACUUUAGCUGAUAAUAAAAUGAAGGCCAUUUCAAGCAAAUUCUUUUCAACUUUUACCCAGCUCAGAGAACUUGACCUGCAGGGCAACAUUUUCACCAAGCUGCCAGAUGAGGUUGGAGAAAUGGAACAUUUGACCAGCAUCAAUUUAGCUAAUAACAGCUUUUCCAUCUUCCCUGAGAAGCUCACUGAAAUAGCCACACUGGAGAGGAUUGACCUUGAGGGCAACAGCAUCACUGAAUUGCCUUUGGAAAAGUUGUCUGCCAUGCCAGCUCUCAAGUGGCUCAAUAUAAAGUCAAAUCCUUUGAGCUCCAGCAUUCAGUCUGCUCUCCAAUCUCCUUACAAUUUUGAGAUUUUAUUAACAACAGAAUAAUGGAAUAUGUCACAUAUAUUCUUACAGACUGUUUGUUGUGUGCCUUUAACUAAUAAAGAUGAAUACAUUUGAGAACCUUAAAGGGGCAGUAUUAUGUAAAAUCAACUUUUUUGAGUUGUACAUUAUGUUAUUCCCUCAUCAAAAACAUAACUGGAAUGUUACUUUGAUUCUUUCAUGCAUGUUGAGGAAACCGUUUCAUCUCCCAUGGCAGCCAUUAUGGGUGUAGAAACAUUUGGUCUCACCAAGCUUCCUUUUCCAUGGAUCUCCUCCUCAGAGCAGUGGUUUCCAAGUCAGGCUUCCACCUCACAGAGCACCGCCACUCAGCUCCUCCAGUCUAGCAGCAGCAGAAAUUAGCAAACCCUUGUUGGAACUGUGCAUCUGCUGAGCUUAUUAUAAAAGCUACUUCUCAGUGAAAUGCUGGUAAAAGCCUUCUUAAAGGCUUAAUGGAGGAAUGUUGUGAUGGCAGGAUGUCGGAAAGAGCAGGAGCUUCUUAAAGAGACAGAGGCCAAUUUCAAGGUGUUAAAUUGCAAAGUCAAAUUUCUAAGUCAUGUUUGAUUAAAACAACUGAUAGCAACAUAAUUAUUUGAUUGUGCUAUAAAUUAGCACUAUGUCUCUGGAAAAUAGAUAAUACUGCCCCUUUAAAAAAUUUUCGAGAUAGAAUUGGGUUUCACGAGAAAAAGACACAUCUAUAAAGACGAGUUUUGAACUCUGCAACCUCUACUUUUGGAGAGUGUAGUGUCUGAUCAUACAGGAGGACUUUUUUGGAACUGUUCUAUGGACUCCAGAUGCAUUAGCAGAUACACUGCCGCCAAGACCUGCCUAUAUCUGGAACAUAGAUAUGUGAUAAUGUUUACUUUGGGGAGUAUAAGUUGGCCAGAACCCUAUGAAAGGGGUGCUGUCCAGUGAUUGGGCUAGUCGCUGGACAUGAUUAUUCUUGGGCCAAGAUUUCCUCGUGAUUCGAUGGUGCUGCAGUUUGUAAUAAAACUUUGCUGUUCAACCAAA